UGUAGAAAAUAUAAUUGUAUAGAGCGUCUAGUGUCCGUGGUGUGAGCGCGGGGACUUUAGGAUCGCAAGCUUGGACAAACUACAAUUUUUCGACUCAAGGUUUAAAGAAAAAUAAAAACCAAGGCUUUUUCUGAUUCCACAUUUGGAUGCACAUAACCCUCCACGGGCUGGAUUUAAUAGAAAUUAGCUUUUGAGAUUUUUUGUUUUGUUAUCUACAGGCACAAUAAAAUAAAAUGGGAUCCCAAGUGUCUAAGGGAGGAGUGGCUGUGGAUGGAAAAGCCGCCGUUGCUGAUCCGGCUGCAGUUAAAACCAAUGGCCAGGAGAACGGUCAUGUCAAGACAAAUGGGGAUGUGUCUGCUAAACCUGAUGGGGACGCAGCAGCUAGCAAUGGCUCUGCAGAGGCAACGAAGGAGCCGGCUGCUGGGGAUGCCAUUGAGCCAGCACCUGUCACCGAGGGCGAGGCCGCCAAGCCCGAGGGCGAGGCCGCCAAGGAGGCACCCAAGAAGAAGAAGAAGAAGUUCUCUCUGAAGAACUCCUUUAAGUUCAAGGGGAUCUCGCUGAAAAAGUCAAAGAAGAGCAGCGGAGAGGUCAAGGAGGAGGUGGCUGAGGAGAAGCAGGAGGCCAAUGGUGCUGCGGCUGAGUCCGCGGCAGAGAAGGUGGAGGAGGCUGCGCCUGCGGAGGAAACCAAGGGAGAAGAACCUCCCAAGGCUGAGGAGACCCCCGCCAAGGCAGAGGAGGCACAGGCCACCGCAACGGCCAAGGCAGAAGAGGCCGCAGCCGCUGAGCCUGCAAAACCUGCAGAGGACACCAGCUCAACACCUGCCGCACCUUCCGCACAGGAGUGAUUGCUAUCUUGAACUCUGAACUGUUUUUCAAGGAAAAAAAUAUAUAUUUAUAUAUGUGUGUAUAUAUACACACAUAUAUAUACAUGUAAAAAUACAUGUGUAUAUAUGUGUGUGUAUAUAUGUAUGUGCGUGAAAGACUCCUUGUGCCACGUUCGUUAAAAAGAUCCUAGAUAAUACGAAAGACCCUACAUAAUUUGAAAGAUCACUAUGUCAAUUUGACCAACAGUUCACUGCCCUGGUAUGCUUGUUACAGAUAGAACUAUCACGUUUCUGGCAAAACAAUUAAUAAAUCUGUUCCCAUAAAUAAUUUUUGUUAAUGUGUACAGGGGUUGAUGGAAUUGUAGGAGUGGAUUGUUCGUUGAUGGAUGGAAUCAGAUGUCCCAUUUUUUCCAAUACUUGGCAAAAACGCUACAUCUUUUUUUAAUAGCGUGGCACCCCUAUAACAUUUUAUUUUUAUCAUCUUCCAGGAUCUGAAAAAUGACAACUACAUGGAGCAGAAUGGAUUUCUCCAUGUUAAAUGACUGUUAGAAGGAAUUUAAAACAAAUAUGACCAACUUAUAGAGUUCUACAUUCCUAUAUUUUACCCCAAUUUCAAUUAUUUUGUGCUGUAUAGAGAAAAUAAGCAUUUUUAAAGAUUCAAAAAGCAUUGUCUUUUUGCUUGUUUACAAUGUACUUAAAUUUUCUUUUUGGCUAAAAAACACAUUUGAGCUUUCAGUCUACUGUGUUCACUGUUUUAAAGGAGGCGGAGUUGUCAUGUGUAAAACGUAAGCCUUUACUCUGCAUUUUUGUCUGUAAAUAAGUUCUUGACAAUUUUGUUCUCUUUUUUGCUAACAUUUAAAAAUGUCAAUGGUUUUAUUGUAAAGUUAAUGGGGGUAAAUAAAUGUUGGAUCCCUACA